AUGGAAGAGGAACCAAAGUAUCUCUUCUCGGCAGCCACCGUGCUCGCCGCCUCCAGCCUCCUGAAUGGAAAGGAAAGCCACAACGACAGGGAGCAGUUCGAGGAGGCCGCCCAAUUCCUCUCGCAGCUGAAGGAUAACGGCAACUACGCAGCAGAAGAGUUCUGUCAGCACAUUGAUGCCAUGAAGAGGACCAUGGCAGCGGCCCAGGCCCGUCGGGGAGGCUACGCCACUGAAGGAGAUACGUCGACCGCCACGCCUUCUACCAUGCCCUCUUUCACCGAUACGGUGACCCUUGGUCAGCCUUUCCAGACGCAACACACGACGGCUGGCAUGGCGCUUAACGAACCAUCCCUUCAGGAGCCCUUGGCUCAGCCACUUCUGGAUUUGCAGUUUAUCGAUGCCUCGAUUCACAACGAUGGUGCACAAGGGCUCUACUGGCCGGAUUUCAGUCCGGAAUCUUGGACAGCUGAUACAUGGGCACCGACUUAAGCUGGACUUUUCCUUGUCAUUCAAUCACGGGUGCAAUCUAGUAUUAAAUAGUUAAGGAACAUUCCCUGAAUC